AUGUUGUUCACUCAGAUCUUCCUUGCCGCCGCCAUUGUGGUGCCUACUAUUGCCACCAAAACUCCGAAAUGCACUCCAUUUCCUUCGUCCAUGAUCGAAUACUCAUCCGGCUUCAAGCAGCCCAAGCCACCUUUGGUGCAGCCCGAGUUCACGACAAACUUUGUCCAGCACAAGUGGGACGAGACACUGUCUCACGUUAUGACCGGAUACAUUGACAAUUCCCCUGCCAAGGGUCUUGUUCGUGUCAAUGAGGCGUAUGACGAUGCUCCUGCCUCAUCGAUUUUCAACUACGCGAAUGUUACCAAGGAUGGUCUGGUGGACAAUUUGAUGACCAUCUACAACGGAACGAAGCCAUACGUGUGGCAAGGCUAUGUCAAUUCUAAUUAUCCCAUUUUUGAGAAGGAUUUCCUCGUCAAGAACGAGGCUGUCUUUGGUGGCCUCGUUACAAGGCAGUUCACGGACGGCAAUGUGGCAUCUGGAGCAAUUCCAGUGACUAUCUACGUCAACACUUGCAACGAAAUUGUCGGCUACGACUAUUUCUCUCCUGGCAGGCGCACACGUGUCGUCACCGACUUCUUCAAUAUUCAGAUCAGCUAA